AUAUUAUCAUUAGUGUAACUUUCUAAAAUGUUUUAAGACCAAAUGGUGAUAGCACUAACAAUUUGGUUCAGGUCCGCAGUAAUAGCUCUGAUAUUUAACCUGACUCCAUGAGAACCAUUAUAUGCGUCCGGUAGAGGCAGCCUUCAGUCUGAGCCCAGUGAACGAUACACGAUAGUUUCACACUCUAUCCGGAGGCUACGAUAGACAUGGAGGUGGUUCGCUUGUUCACUACACUUGCCUUUGUAACCAGCGCCGUUGAUGCUGGAGGAUACCAAGGGUCAUGUCCCGUCGGUUGGACCCAGGUGAAGAGAAAGUGCUACAAGUUCGUGGACGAGGGAGUUAUCAGGGAUAAAGCAGCUAGGAUAUGUGGAGACCGCUAUGGCGCUUCACUAGCAGUGAUUCAAAACAUGGAAGAGAAUAACGCCGUCAAAGAUCUUCUUGGUUACACUUUUGCGUGGAUCGGUCUGGAUCGCAGAGGUGGCCCCUUUCAGUGGGACACUGGAGAGAAGCUCCGUUUUCAAAACUGGCGCAGUUCGUAUUAUUAUCCUUACAAAGAAUGCGCAGAGAUUUACAACAAUGGCUACUGGAGGCCUGCAUAUUGUAUUUCCUCCGGGCCAUUUUUCUGUGGGAAAACAUUAGAUUGUGAAACGGGAUGGUUAGGAAAUGAAUGUGAACGUCAGUGUCACUGUCACCUUGGUUACGUCUGUAAUGAUACAGAACCUUGUCCCUAUGGAUGUGAGCCGGGGUGGCAUGGGGAAAUGUGUGACGAAGAAUACCAAAAACCAAACGUGUCAUUCUACUGCUUGAAGAAAAAAAACGGAAGCUACUCCCUGAUAGUUUCCGUGGUCCCAUCUGGUCUUUCCUACAAACACAUCGGAGCUGUGAACGCCGAGGGAGAGAUCAGUCCCUUGUGCACUAACGAUAGAUUUAGAACAACCAAUGACCUUGAGAAGCGUUUAGAUGUUCAGAUUCAAAACGUGUCAGGAGUGUUGAAAGCAGAUUGUCCUGCAGAAACAGUUUCUCACAGGAUCCUGCAAUGGACAUUGAGAUUCCAGAAGAAGGAUUGGGUGGAAUCAGCUGAAGAUGUGGAAUAUAAAGUCCAGUGUGAUCUGUCUGAAGCUGAUGCUACAUAUGAUGCUGAACCUAUCGUGAUAGAAGAGGGUCGUGAGAGAACUAUGACGAUAGCUACACAAACAAGAGUCAAAGUACGGGCAUAUCUAGCAAAUCCUGAAACUCUGGAACCGGUCACAAACCUCAUCCUUGGUGUACCUGUGAGACUGGUGGUCACGCUUCCUGAAGGUGAUGAUGUUGUCAGCCCGUUCUUUUACCCUCGGACCUGUAAAGCAGCCGCUACAGAUGGGACGGUUUCUUUCCAAAUGACCAACUCCAAAGGCUGCCCUAAAAAUGAAAACGAAAUCUUUCUGGGCAAAAUGGACAUGGCCUCUGGCGUGAUCCAGUCGGAGAUGUUCCCCAUGUUUAGGCUGCGGGGAUUCACAGAAGUGGUGUUUAGUUGUACUCUUGCAGUACCCAAUGUGACUCAUGUAGAAUAUCAGAAACCGAUUUGUUCCUGGUAGCAAAUAUACAUGGAAGUUGAGAGGCCCGCGGCAAAGAAAAUACCAGUACUAAUCGACAGCAGACCAGUUUGUAAACAGUGAGUUGAUGCACCGGCCAAUCAACAUCUUUCAUAAAGUUUGUUUCUGACACUUGAAAUAAACAAUAUAAUCUGUA